AUACGAACAGAGCCCGUCCAGUAACGUAAUAACAAGUUUCGGGAAAUUUGUGAAUUAAACAUAAUUAACAUUUUCACCAUUAAUAAUUCCAUAAAAAAUGACAUAUCAAUCAAAAAUUAAUUAACAAAUAAAAAUGAAAAUUAGUAUAACCGUGUGUUUAACGGAGUGAAUAGUGACUUUUAUCAAGUGCGAGAGGAAAACCAUCAUCUCAGGAAGUGACUUUUAUUUUUCCUUUCCUUAAUUUUGGAAUAACUGUUAUCAGUUUUAAUUGUUGAUAUGAUAACAAGAGAUUCUUAUUUUAUCUGAGAAAGUGUAUUUCUGAAUAAAAAUAAAUAAACCAGAACAAGGAGAGGGCAAACAAAAUUCUACCGUGUGAAAGUGAAUAAUCGUAGCUUAAUAGGGUUGCAACCAACUGGAUCAUCAAAAGAGAAAAAAUUGGACGUCUUGGUCUCGAGUAUCGGGAGCGUGAGAAGUGCAUGGUGUUUCCAUCAGUAAAAGUGAGUAAUAAACAAUGAUCCAAACUACCUGCAGUUGACUCAUCAAGGAAAAGCAACAAAAUCGCAAUCUUCAGAAAAUGAUGACAACCUGAAAAAAUCAAUUUUUCUGUCUUUAAAAGGACUUUUACGCACAUGGUUUGCUGGAACAAUGUUGGGUGAGGUGACGUGACGGUGCUACUUUCUCAUCAAUUAAUUAUUACGGACCAAUUACCAAGGAAUCAUUUAGAUUAUGCUGCCAUCACAAACAGAGCAGAGAACUAAGUGAUUUUUUUGCUACAUGGUUUUAUCGAAGUGACGGUCGAAAGAAAUAGGUUCAGUGCCCUAGAAAAUUCUCCAGAAAACCACGUAGAAAAUUUUUAACCUAGUGACACUAAAAGACAAUAACAAAUUGAAAAAUAAAUUUAGAAAAAAGUUUGCGAAGCUGGCUUCGCGGACUUAAACUUUAAACCUGAAAGGAGUGCUAAUUGCUUGAGUGUAACAAUUAAAGGGAGGGAGGGAGAAAGUUUUUUUUAGUUGAAUAGAAAAGAGGGAGUAAGUGCGAGUUUUAUUUAUUUUGUGAUUCUACAAAUACAAGAUGAGGUUCAUUACGACCUUGUUCGGCGACGGGUCGCCGAAGAGGAUGGGCAGGCAGUACAUGAAAGUGGGCAGAAAUGCACUUUUUGGAAUUAAGCCCAAUCGAGAUGGCGAAAUUCCAAUGGAAAAAGUCCCGAAGCCACUUAGCAUGCUCAUCUCUCAACGGGGAAAAUUCAGACAUAGUAGGCUAGCAGCAAUUCUUUUUGGAAUACUGGCUCUCACAAUUGGAAUCAUCCUUAGUAGUAUACCAUGGGUAGAUUACGUUAUUUUAAGGCAAUUAAGGUUGUGGAAUGGAUCCCUGUCUUUUCAAUACUGGCAGAAGCCCGGUGUUGUUCGUCUAACCAAAGUGUACAUAUUUAAUGUGACAAACGCUGAUAACUUUUUAAACUUUAACGAAAAACCGAAGCUGCAAGAAGUUGGACCAUUUGUAUACAGGGAGGACAUGGAGAAAGUGAACAUCGUUUUCCAUAACAAUGGCACAGUGACCUACCAGCAUAAAAAAAUUUUGAACUUUGUUCCGGAAAUGUCAAAAGACGCAGAACUUCGCUUAUUUGUACCGAAUAUCCCUCUACUUACAUUAUCAACGCAAAGCAAAAGUCUUCCAGGAUUUAUCACAUUGGGCGUUUCCAUGUUUCUCAGGAGUUUGGAUUUGAAACCUUUCGUACCUGUUACAGCUCAGGAAUUAGUUUUUGGAUACGACGAUCCUUUAAUUAGUCUGGCUCAUCGAUUUUUUCCGAAUUCGCGAAGACCGAUGAGUCAGAUGGGUCUUUUACUUGGGAGAAAUGGAACUUUGGAUGAAGUGCAUACAAUAUUUACAGGACAUACAGAUAUGAGGGAAUUUGGACUUUUAAACAGAUUGAAUGGGUUGGAUCGGUUGCCCUAUUGGGAUGAACCACCUUGCAAUUCGAUUCGAGCUUCAGAAGGAUCCUUUUUUCCUCCAAGAGAUAUAACAGGAGAAGAUAUUGUUCACAUUUGGGAUAAAGAUCUGUGUCGAGUAGUGCCAAUGCAAUAUCGUGGACCAGCUGAUAAGGAUGGAAUUAGAGCAGAUUUGUAUACACCAACGGAUACCGUAUUUGACCCACCUACUAAUAAGACACCUGAUAAUGAAUGCUUCUGUCCAGAUGAUCCAUCAAUCUGUCCACCAAAGGGUCUCCAAAACAUAAGUCCUUGUCAAUACAGUGCACCAGUUUAUCUUUCGUUUCCACAUUUUUAUAAUGCGGAUCCAAAACUUCAGGAUGCUGUAGUGGGAUUAAAUCCAAAACAAGAGUUACAUGGAACUUACUUCAAAAUCCAACCAAAAUUGGGAGUACCAUUAGAAGGAAAGGUUCGGGUGCAGCUGAACCUAAAGGUCGAAAAUCAACCAAACAUAGGAGCAGUGUCAAAAUUUCCGGACAUAGUGUUUCCAAUUAUGUGGUUGGAGGAAGGAAUUGACGAGUUAACGCCAGCGAUUAGGCGGUGGAUUUACCUAUCGACGACAUUCGUCGAUGUGGCGAUUCCGCUUAUCACCUAUGGUGCAAUUCUAGUCGGAUUAGGAACUUUGAUAACAGUCUUCAUCAAGGCAUAUAACAACGUUGUAUUAACACAUGAAGCCAUCGAGCUGGGCAAAAGAACCAUAAGAAGAGGCUCGUCCUUCUUGGUAAAUGGACAACAUCGACUUCUCAUGGUCAAACAAGAAUCCUACGUCCUUCUAACUGAUGAUGUGGACGAUAGCAGAGUCAUGGAGGAGCUGUGAUGAUUAGGCAGUGAAUUCUCUAUGAAAUUCAAAGUGCUUAAAGUAUUGUACAUACCGAAACUGUACUAAUCGCGAAACGUUUUUGCAUUGUUGAUGAACGCACGAGUGCUAGAAUUCUUAGAAAAAAUCUACGCGGGAUGUCAAUCCAAGAAACACCUAGGCAAGGUUUUUUCCAUCAUCUGAAUGCAUUUAGCAGUUUAUAAUUUUAUAAAUCUUAAACGUCGUUUCGACUGAAUUUAGUGAUUAGCGAGUAGAAAAAAGGGACACUGGGCCACGGGAAACAAACUUAAAAUACUGACAAAGGCCACGUGAUUUGAUGAUAAUUUUUUGGAGUUAUAUAAAUAGCGAUAGUCACUAUGGCUUUUGUCGUCCGAUUUUUUGUUUUUGGCUUCACAAAUCAUCGUAGAUGUGCGGAUAUGAAAUCUGCGGAAAUUCGCCUGUUCAGGAGUUCGUUCAAAUAUCUAUCCGGUAGAGAAUCCUCCCAGCAGAAGAGAAACUUCACAAAUAUUUUUGGAAGGACUCAAAAUUGAAAGUAAACAUACAAAAUUACAGUAAAAUUAUAUUAAAAAGGAAAUGUAUAAAAUCAGUAGUUUUUUCCAAGGAAGUAAUUUACCGGAUUGCAAAUUUUUGAAUCUCACAUUACAAUUUAGGAAAUUAUGGCUGUGGAAAUAAAGCAACGGAAACUUUUCAAAGGAAAGAAUGUAGAAUUAUGUCGUUACCAGGUGUGCCAUUCUUUCAUAGUGGCAUUAGGGAGGGAAAUACAUCACAAAUUUAAAAGAUGAUAACUUUUAUUCUUAGAUAGGAAGUGUAUAAAAAUUUAUUUUUUAAUCUCUUUACUUCUAUACAAUUAUAUUUUCAUUUAAAAGAUUCAGUACGAAUCCAGAAUUUCAAGAUUUUCCAAUUUUACUAAUGAGAUAUAAAUAUUACAUUUGAAAAUUAAUUUUUGAAGAUCUUUAGAGGGAUAAGUUUCCCUCCUUAAAGUUUGACUUCAUUGCUUUUAGUUCAAAUGAUUUUUUAAUGACUUUCUCAUUUUAUAAGAGCGCAAAUUUCGCAAAUCUCUCUAAAACUUUGUCAAAACUCCUGCUCGAAAUAACUUUUCCAGUGACUAGAAAAAAUGUUCUGGUUUUGUAGGUAUGACCAUCCACGAAAGAACGUGGAUGGCGUGUUAUUUUUCACGAGGUAUAGUAAGAAGUUCGCGCUUAAUUUGAAAGUAAAUUAAUUAAUUAAUUAAUAAACAGAAUAUAUUAUAAAAAGGCUGCCCAAGGGCGGAGUAGGUGUCAUACACGUGCUCGACGCUCAGUGUCUGACAGAAUUAAUGAUAAUUGUUAUGUUGAUAAAUAACACACACGAACUUUGCUCAAUUCUUUAUUGACUUUUACGUCGAUCCUGUGUAGAAAGUAAAUAACUUUUUAAUGGGUGAUUUUUAAAUCUUUCUUGUAAAUCUGUUUUUUCCAGUCUGUGUUUCAAAUCAGACUGCGCUCAAUAGAAAAUGAGUAUUCUUUUAAUUAUUGUGUAUUAGUGAACACAUUCUUUUGUAUGUUUUAUUUAUAAAAAAUGUGUAAAUUUAUUGUAUAUGAAAGGGUAAUUAUAUUUAGAUAUAUUUAAAUGUAGGAUUUUAUAAAUAUUGUCGGUUAUACUUAACAAUUGUCCUCUAUCGUGCAUAUUUAUCAAAAAUAAAGUAAUAAUUAAAGAAUUAAAUUAAGUCGAUUUGCGUUAUAAUUUUCAAUCCUGAAUUUGUAAAAAUGUAAUUAAGAUGAUAUUGUCAAAGCAUUGCUGUAGAAACUUGUAAUAUCUCACGCAAACGUAUAUUUUAUAUUCUCUAUUUUUAUAUUUUUAACUGAUACAUCAUAGUCGAAAAAUAUGCUAUUGUAAGUUUUAUUGUCAAAUUCGAAACUGCCAGCAUUUUUCUAUUGUAUGAUUUUUAUUGUUUUGCGAUUCUAAAAUAUAUGUUUGUUACCAAAAUAAAUGUGACUGGAAAUUUUAAUAUUUUUAAGUCAUAAUGGAUUUAUGUGAAAACAAUUAUAUGCAAUGGACAAUCAAAUAAAUAAUUGGAAAUUUUCUC